GGGCUGUGCUCCACUCUCAGACCCAGCCUGCCUUCACUCUGGACGGACGCGCUGUUGCGACACUCCUCCAGCUCUCCGGGGGUGUCCAUGCGCACUUCCUCCCUAUUGCGUUUGCAAAUCGGCCCCAUCUUCCACCCCCCUCCUCCUCCUCCUCCUCCUCCUCCUCCACUUCACUCCCCCCACCUCCUCCCCGGUCCCCCCUCAGCCCGGUGGUAUCGUCCGACGCUCUCGGAGAGGCAGAGCGCAGUAGUCGGCUGCAGGUCGCUCGGAGAGAGACGCACACAGCGGCUGAGGACACAGCACUAGAACCUGUCUCUAUUCUGUCUCUACUGCUCACUGUGCGAGUCUGAUUGUCUCCUCUUCUCUGCCUGGCUUUGUCUUCAACUCUGGGAAUACAAACAUCAGCGAAGAUUCAGUUUGAAAAGGACAGACGGCCCUCUCAGCCCCCCCCCCCACACCCCAGUGAUGCUUAGCUGCUGUAUCCCAGAGGCCCACCUUGGUAGUUAGAGGAGAGGUCAUCACCAUGACAGCGUCCUCGCAGGACUCCACCCCCUCGUCUAUGGCCGGCCUCUUCCUGCUCCUCCUCCUCCUCCCAGCUGUCUUCACGCAGAACUCGGCUGCCCCGGCGACCCCGUCGUUGUUUGACCCGCUGACCCAACCGGAGUGCACGAAGAAAGAACAUCCAAAGGUUUCCAUCCAAGCGCUCAGUCCGUGGAUUUCCAUUUUCUCCCACCCCGGCGUGAGAGACUUCUCCCAGCUAACCCUUGACCUGACUAGGAAUGAGCUUAUUGUGGGUGCCAGGAACUACCUGUUCAGACUGGACCUCAGCAACAUGUCGCUGAUACAGGCGACAGAAUGGGCACCGGACGAGGAAACCAGGAGGUCCUGUCAGAGCAAAGGCAAAACAGAGAUUGAAUGUCAGAACUACAUCAGAGUCUUGCUGGUGAACAAGACGGAGGUCAUGACCUGUGGAACCAAUGCUUUCCAGCCGCUGUGUAUUACCAGAGAGGUGGGCAACAUGAGCAGCGUGCUGGAGCGGGUCAACGGUGUGGCACGCUGCCCGUACGACCCUCGUCACAACUCCACAGCGGUGGUGACAGAGAGUGGAGAGCUGUACGCAGCCACCGUCAUCGAUUUCUCUGGCCGUGACCCCGUCAUAUACCGCAGCCUGGGCGGCAUGCCACCUCUCCGGACCGCACAGUACAACUCCAAAUGGCUCAACGAGCCCCACUUCAUCUCGGCCUACGACAUCGGCCUCUUCACCUUCUUCUUCCUGAGGGAGAACGCAGUGGAGCACGACUGCGGGAAGACCGUCUACUCCCGCGUGGCACGAGUCUGCAAGAACGACAUCGGUGGGCGGUUUCUGCUGGAGGACACCUGGACCACGUUCAUGAAGGCGAGGCUCAACUGCUCGCGCUCCGGGGAGAUCCCCUUCUACUACAACGAGCUGCAGAGCACCUUCUACCUGCCGGAGCAAGACCUCAUCUACGGCAUCUUCACCACCAAUGUCAACAGUAUUGCAGCAUCGGCAGUGUGUGCCUUCAACCUGAGCGCCAUCACUCAGGCCUUCAACGGGCCCUUCCGCUCCCAGGAGAACCCUCGCUCCACAUGGCUCCCCACCACCAACCCCAUCCACAACUUCCAGUGUGGUACCAUCGAUGACGAGGGUCCUAACGAGGGUCUGACGGAGCGCAGCCUGCAGGACGCCCAGCGGCUCUACCUGAUGAAUGACGUGGUCCAGCCGGAGUCUGUCGAUCCGCUGGUCAUGCAGGACGACGUUCGCUUCUCCAACCUGGUGGUGGACAUCGUUCAGGGCAUGGACACCCUCUACCACGUCAUGUACAUCAGCACAGAAUACGGCACCAUCUUAAAGGCGCUGGCGACGCCCAAUAAGAACCUACAGGGAUGUUAUCUGGAGGAGAUGGAGCUUCUUCCGUCGGGGGUGCGAGAGCCGAUCCUGAGCCUGCAGAUCCUGCACAGCGACAGGUCGCUCUUCGUCGGGCUCAACAACAGAGUCCUGAAGAUCCCGCUGGAGAGAUGCUCCACCUACAAGACUGAGAUGCUGUGCUUGGAGGCGAGGGACCCGUACUGCGGCUGGGACUUCAGGCAGCGCAGAUGCACCACGCUGGAGGACAGCUCCAACAUGAGCCAGUGGAAGCAGAACAUCACCGUCUGUCCGCUGAGGAACCAAACCACCAACGGGGGCUUCGGGCCCUGGGCGCCAUGGCAACCCUGCAACAAUGAUGACGGGGUGGAUGGUGUGAGCUCCUGCUUGUGCCGCUCCAGGUCAUGUGACAGCCCCGCCCCUCGCUGCGGAGGCAGAAACUGCGACGGCCCCACCAUCGAAGUGUCCAACUGCUCCAGAAACGGAGGCUGGACGCCCUGGUCGUCAUGGGGACAGUGCAGCACUACCUGUGGUACGGGCUUCGAGCUGCGGCAGCGUUCAUGUAACAACCCGUCACCCCGACAUGGCGGCCGUGUGUGUGUGGGGCCGAGCAGGGACGAGAGGUUCUGUAAUGAAGGCGUGUCCUGCCCUCAGCCGAUCUUCUGGUCCCCGUGGGGCUCCUGGACCAAGUGCAGCACUGAGUGUGGGGGCGGCGUCCACUCCAGGGUCCGCACCUGUGAGAAUGGCAACAGCUGCCCAGGAUGUGCACUGGAGUACAAGGCCUGUAACCUGGAGGCGUGUCCCGAGGUGAAGAGGAACACACCUUGGACCCCCUGGAUGCCCGUCAAUGUGACUCAGGGCGGAGCUCGUCAGGAGCAGAGGAUGCGCUACAUGUGCCGCGCCCACCUGUCUGAUCCCCACGAGCUGCAGAUCGGACGCAGGAAGGUGGAGACGCGCUUCUGUCCCAACGAUGGAACAGCAGCCUGCGAGACAGACACCCUCGUCGAGGAGCUCCUGAAGACGCCGGUGGUGAGGGUGGCGGGCGCCGGCUGGUCGUCAUGGGAGACCUGGUCGAGCUGCUCGCAGAGUUGUGCUAAAGGCUACCGCACCCGACGGCGAACCUGCGCCGGACCAGAGGGGAAGAGCACGCCUGUCGCAUGCCGUGGGUCACCUGUGGAGUACCAGGACUGUAACGUCCAGGCGUGUCCAGUAAAGGGUGCGUGGUCCUGCUGGUCGUCCUGGUCUCAGUGCUCGGUGGGUUGCGGCGGCGGUCACUACCAACGCACACGCUCCUGUAACAGCCCUGCGCCCACCAGCGGAGGUGACAUCUGCAUCGGCCUGCACACUGAGGAGGCCCUGUGCAACACACACACCUGCGACGGUGGCUGGAUGGCCUGGUCGCUGUGGUCGGCCUGUGAUGAUUCAGGAUUGCAGAUGAGGAGUCGGGUGUGUGGCGCUCAGGGCAACACCCCCUGUGUCGGGAACAGCACUCAGCGCAGAGACUGCAAUGAAAUACCUGUCAUCCUCCCUGCAUCUGGUUUUGAUAAGGACCAACACUGCGGAGCGUUCACCUCCAUCCACCUAAUCGCCACCGGUGUUUCCUGUUUCCUGGGGGCGGGGCUGCUGUCCUUCCUCAUCUACGUCUACUGUCAGCGUUUCCACAAGCCCUCACAGGAGUCUGCCGUCAUCCACCCCACCACCCCGAACCACCUCAACUACAAGGGCAACACCACGCCAAAGAAUGAGAAGUACACACCCAUGGAGUUUAAGACACUGAACAAGAACAACCUGCUGCCAGAUGAAAGAUCCAACUUCUACCCAACGCCGCUGCAGCAGACAAACGUCUACACCACCACCUACUAUCCCACAGCGCUCGGCAAAUACGACUACCAGCCCAACUCCUCCCCUUCGCCAUGCAGGACCUACAACCAAAACAACAACAGCUGAGACAAGCCUCACAACCGGCUCUCUGAACCCCCCUGCCAACGGACGCCGCCCCGCUGCCAUGGUGACAUAACUGAACCGACAUGAACUGAAACGUUUCUCAGAGCUCGGCCAGGUUCCUGUGUUCAUCAUCGCCCCUCUCCUCGCCCCCGUAGUCUCUUCCACAUGGUAGGGUUUGUGUCUUUAAGGGCGUUUCUGGAACUUUCCAUCAGGAGCUGUGGGUCUGGACGACGAGGCCUGUGUCCUGGUGCAGUCUGGGACUUAUGCAACCAGCUGGGGGUGUUAUUGUAAGGGCCUGAUGGGAUACAGCAGAGUAAACUCUGAGCUUCAUGCCGGAGUCUAGUGGAAAAUUCUAGCAGGACAAGUUAUGGCUUCAGACAGAUUGCUGCGACCACACCACCUCAGCGCAGGUGCUGAGUUCACAGUCCUCAAUUACAGAGACGAACAUGAACAGAAUAUUAAUAAAACAAAAAAACAUUUCUCUGGAUGUGGGUCACUGUUUCACGCCUCUCCAUUACUAACCACACUCUCAGCCUGUAAUGAACUUUGAGUCCCUCGACAACAGAAGCAGUUACCGAGAACAAACGGCGCAUAUCCUCGUGUCCUUGCCGCACGGCGCAAAGCGAGAGAACAACACAAGAGAACACUCAAUGAAGUCGAUGAUGAAAUAAAUUAGAGAUCAAUAUCAGCCGGGUUGUUGGGGGCGGACGCUCGCCCUCCAGUGUUGGUGUUUCACGUGACAAAAGAUAAGAACUUCAGAGUCACUCAAGUUUUUCGGACGGCUGUUUGGAAGACACACAGCGUUUGUGGACAAGGACGUUGAGUCGUGAAGUCAGAGCAGGGGGGAUUAUGGGAAGCGGUCUGAACUGUACAUAAAGCUUUAGGAAUGCCUUGGUUGCCUGUAUGCAAUAGAGGGCAGGGGCGAGAUCUGUUUUCUUUCUAUUUCUUCUGUUUAAUUUGUUUUCCCAGGAUCAAUAAAGAACUUCUGAAAGGGAAUUGAUUGAUUCUCCAAUCGAUUCUCCGAUGGACGCGUCGAUUCUACUGAGUGCUAAAUAGCUCGGUGGUCAUAUCAAAUAUGGCCAGUGUGCUGAACAACUGGAUUGGGUUUUCUAUGACGGUAGAAUAAGCUAGUAGACUGGCACUUGUUCCUUUUUUAUGUUUGUUUUUUAAGAUAUUUUGUUUCCAACACGUUGUAGCAUAGGAGGAAAUAUUUUGUUAAAUAAGAUAUAGCUGAUUAAUUCUUGUUUUCUCUAAUUUCACGUCACUGAACCAACACAUUCCUUCGCUUUGAUUUUUCACACGUUUCGUACCCGCUGCAUCUUCAGUAGAGACGCUAACACAAAGAAGAGCGACUGUAACGAGACAUUCGGCCUCUGCUUGAGAAGAAAACAGCUAAAUUACGCUUGCUUAGCAGUUUGCCUGUGUGACAUCAACAUGAGUGCAUGUGUGUGUGGAUGUGUGUACAUGCAAACACAUGUACUCUAUCUCUGCGUGUGCCUGAUGGAGCAAAGGGGCUUGCUGUAUUUUGUACAAUGUAAAUGCUUUCAUACAUGAUUAUAUACGAGGAUGUUUGUUUUCUCCUCCACAUCCUGUCGUCGCUGACACUCCGGCAUUCUACUGUUUUUCUAUCUUUCAUGUUUAAGAUGUUAAUCAUUGUAAGUUAAAGCAUCGCGCCUCUUGUCCUGUGGAGGUGGAACUGACACUAUUUAUAGUCAAAGCUUGGUUUAUAAAGGGCAUUUUCACAGCUAUAUUUUAUUAUUAUUAUUGCCUGAUUGAUGAAUGCUAACCCAGCAAUGCUUUUCAGUUCAGCUACUGUACAUGCACGAGAUGAGAGCUCUAUCUGUAUAUAGGAGCAGCCCAUCUAAUGACCCUGCAGAGGAUGGUGUAAAUGUAUCUGUAUAUUGUAUAGCUAACACUGUUUGUUUAAAAAAAGCCUUAUAGUUGUUUAAAAAAAAGUGCAGCAGCUAAGUACACACCAACCAUGAGGUUUGUUUGGGGACAGAGCUCCACGAUGUGACCGAGCGCCCGCGGCUUCUGACCUCUCCCAGCUGCUCAAAUAUCAGACUCCCACAGACACAUGAAUCCAGACUGAUGAUUCCUCUGUAGCACCAGACACUAUCAAAUAUUAGAGACUGAAAACAGUCACAUUUAAAGCAGAAAUUACAUCAAUGUGAUCUAAACGUCGCCUCUAUUGGCCCCGUCUGACAGCCGUGAUCUGAUUGGUCAGUUGUGAGCUCUGUCCCCUGCGAUGUGAGGCUCUGUGCCCUUCUAUGCAACUUACCAGGUGUACUGUUAGACCUGUCAUGUAGACUGUAAUCACUGCCUUUUAGACACUGUGAAUUUUUUGGUACCCUAUAUUUUUGUAUAUUGUACAUUAUAAAGGAUAAUAAACCUUGAUGCCAA